AUGAUAUGUGAUGCAGGAAUGCUGGUGAAGCUAAAGACAGCUGAACAGCGGUUGGAUUCUGCAUCGGCCACACUCGAGAAGCUAGAGACUCGAGAUGAGUCAUAUACAUGGGUGUCUUUCUCGGACCAGUGGGACCGGCAAAGAGAGUUGCAACUUGCGGCAAUGGCUGAUGGUAAUGCUCAGCAGGAACUAGAGGAUUGGCUUGUGGAACUACUGGACCUUGAGGAAGAAGUGAAAGACGCCCAUGAAGAACUGCGGCGACUCCGAAGGAAACGACAAAGAAACUGGACAGAUGAAGAAGUUGAAUCAUCACUGACCUUACCUGCGUCAAUUGUUGAACUCGAGAAAUCCAUUGCUGAUGUGACAGAAGAGUUAGGAAGUCCGGAAUUCCGCCGACUUUGUGCAUCAACUGGUAAAAAAGCAGAGGCUCUAAUACGUGUACGGCUUGCAAAGAUGAAGCUACACGAAGCCAAAGUGGGUAUUGUAGAGGCUCAAAAGAAGUGGGAUAAGUACGCUGAAGGCAAUUAUUUAUUGGCUAAGAUACUCCCAUUUGAGGAUAAUUUCUGGAAUGUAGGUGCGCUUAGACAUCCCACAGAGAAAUGGGCUGUGGAUGUGGGCACCAUUGAAGGCAUACAAGCCUUUUUGCAACAGCGGAGUUGUCGUGAAGAGCUGAGAAGGAUUGGAAGGGAGGCUCAGCAGAUGGUUCACCAAGCACUGAAUAUGGAAUUAAAAUUUGAUGGUUUACUGGCUUUGUGUAGUGGUGAUUAUGAUCCCGAUGGAGGUGGAAAGGAGCUAAUUGAAUUACUUCAGUCUGGACAGCGCAUCUCAAAGGAUGUUUGGGAGGUGAAUUUGGAGCUUUUGAGAGCGCUUCACAACAAUCUUUGUCAGAAGUAUUAUGGAACAUGGAUGACAUGGGAUGCCAAUAUUGUGGAGUUAAUAAAAAGGACUUAUCAUCACACAUUGGCAACAGAGCAAGAAAUUGAUACAUUAAUUUUGCGGUGGAAAUCUUUGGUGGGUAGGGGUGUAUCAAUUUUGGAAGAUAUUAUCAAUGCUAAACACAUAGAAGCAACAGAUCUGGAUGAGCUGGAAGUUUUUGAGAAAAAUAUGCUACACGGGGAAGACAAAGAUGGGGUUGGGGUAGAGCUGGGUGGGAUGGUAGAUCAGCUCUUCAUACAUGAUGAUGAAGUGGAUGAUGUAUGGGAGGGUAUUGUGGAUGAGGAUAAUAUGAAUGAAACAUGA